CUCGUGUCGCGCGCGCACGAGCGUGUGUAAAAGCGACACCGCGCUUCGUCCUCGUUCACUACCGAAUAGGUAGCUACGAUAGAAAAAACACAGAAAGCGGAAAGACACGGAGAGAGCACGAGAAGACGCGCAUCGAACCGGCGGCGUACCCAAGUAUCGAGGAUUUCGGAAUCGGUGAGGUAUCGCGUCCGAGUGAACUUUACGACGCGUACGAACAACCGAGGUGAAACGUGAGUGUAGUCCGUUUGUCCGUUCGUCCGUCUGUCCGUCUGUCCGUCUGUCUGUACUUUUAAUGAAGCUUGACGGGACGGGAGUGCGGUGAGGUGAGGUGAGGUAAGGUGAGCGGCGAGCGAGUCGAAACUAAAGAGAGCGAAGAGAGUGAAGUGACCGAGCGCAACUUCGGUGAGAGGACGCGUCGUCGUUUACGCACGAAUUGAAAUAAGACGCGAGAACGGUAUCGGCGCGGGCGGGUUUGUGAUUAAUCAGUGAAAGAACUCCGUGGAAAAGAAAAAGGCGAAAAAAAAAGGAAACGGCGAAGCGAGCUAUCGUAUACGGGGGAGGGGGAGAGAAAGAAGAGCGCGAAGUCUGCAAACGAUGACGACGCGCGUUCGUUCCGCGGUCAUGCGUCCGCAAUUCGCCGAGCCAUGAUGCGGAGUACUGUAUCUAGUAUAGGCUGCUGGCCACGGUUGUGGCACGACGUGUUCGUGACGUGUGUGUGACCGAAAGUUAACGAUUCCCGUUUUCGGCUCGUUUCUUUCCUUUAUUUUUGUUUUCCGUUCAUAACGGGUGCGCGCACGUUUUUCCGCAUCGUUCUAUCACGGACCGAGCAAAAAAAGAAAGGACCGUCGAACGGGCACGUUCGAUUCUUCCUUGUUUCCCCAUUCCCGUGCGGGAUCCGCGGUGGUGUCGGACAUUGCUGGCUAAGGACGAAACUGGUGGUUCUGUUUACACUGGAAAAAUUGACAGUCUUCGAGGAUGUACGCGAAGGGGAAGGGGUCCACGGUACCCUCGGACUCUCAAGCGAGAGAAAAAUUAGCCUUGUACGUGUAUGAGUAUUUAUUACAUGUUGGAGCACAAAAAGCUGCACAGACAUUUUUAUCAGAGAUACGAUGGGAAAAAAAUAUCACUCUUGGCGAACCACCUGGAUUUUUACACUCUUGGUGGUGUGUGUUCUGGGACCUAUAUUCUGCAGCACCAGAACGACGGGAUUCUUGCGAACACAGCAGCGAAGCAAAAGCUUUCCAUGACUAUGGCUUUGUGAACAGUGGUUAUGGAGUCAAUGGUAUUGCCCAUAAUGCUGGUCCAGCGCCUUCCCCCAUAGGACAAAUGCCACCAAACGAUGGUAUGCCCGGUGGUCCAAUGCCUUCUGCAUUCUUUCCAAACAACUCGACAAUGCGACCAUCUCCGCCCACACACCCCUCAUCACAGCCAUCCCCCCAGCACCCCCAGCCACCCCCGCCCCCACACUCGCAGAUGAUGUCCACUCAGUUCAUGGGCCCACGAUACCCACCUGGACCCAGACCUGGAGUACGUAUGCCACAAAUGGGAAAUGACUUCAACGGGCCACCGGGACAACCAAUGAUGCCAAAUAGCAUGGAUCCAACUAGACAAGGCGAAGCUGGAGAAUUUGUAGGGUGGCAAGCUCCUCCAGGCAUGAAUCCCAUGAACCCGAGGAUGAAUCCUCCAAGAGGACCUGGAAUGGGUCCGAUGGGACCAGGAAGUUACGGGCCUGGAAUAAGAGGACCACCUCCUAACAGUAGUUUAGGACCAGGAGGCCCCGGAGGUCCUGGAAUGCCACCAAUGAGUAUGGCUGGACCAGCUGGUAGACAACAGUGGCAACCUAACACGUCCACGCCAAUGAAUUAUUCAUCUUCAUCACCGGGUAAUUAUGGAGGACCACCGGGAUCAACAGGUCCUCCAGGCCCAGGUACACCAAUUAUGCCCAGUCCACAAGAUAGUAGUAAUAGUGGUGGCGAAAAUAUGUAUACCAUGAUGAAACCUGUACCUGGAGGAAAUAUGCCUGGUGACUUUCCAAUGAGUGGCGGGCCAGAGGGUGGUCCAAUGGGUCCGAUGGGACCGAACACAAUGGGUCCUGUUUUGAAUGGUGACGGUCUUGAUGGAAUGAAAAACAGUCCAGCUAACGGUGGCCCCGGAACACCACGGGAAGACAGUGGAAGUGGAAUGGGUGACUAUAAUCUGGGUGGUUUUGGAGGUCCAGGAGAAAAUGAUCAGACCGAGUCAGCGGCCAUACUCAAGAUCAAGGAGAGCAUGCAAGAAGAGGCGAAGAGGUUUGAAAAGGACUCAGAUCACCCCGAUUAUUUCAUACAAUAACUCUUCACGAGUCGUUGGGCUCCGAGACCAAACUAACGUUCUAACAAAACGAAUCGCAAAUCGAUCCCCUCUCUUCCUUUUGUCCAGUACUCCUCUCACUGUACUUGUGCUCCACGAUUGCAUCCCGCCCUUCUCUCCUCUCCCUCUACUUCGAGCCGAGGUGUCGAAAAGAACGUGCGAAAAUAAACAAAAAAAUAAAAAAGAUAAAAAUUACAAAAAAAAAAAAGUAUAUAUAUAUAGAGAGAGAGAGAGUCGAGCUCCGUGAGAAAAGUGUACAAGAGAUAUAGAGGUCGGAGAAGAGUUUUUUCUUCCUCUGCGAAGUGAGGGGGCCCUCGUCCAUGAAUUUUCGUCCUCUUUGGAUUCGGAAAGGACAUACCAGUAAAGUAAGAGUUAUAAAUAUUUGAGAGCACUGUUUCAUGCAAUCUUUUCGCGUUGACGUACAUUCUUACAGAUGACUGUAUAUAAAUACAAUCAUCGGAAAUCAUCGUCGAUCGAUGACCUUUGUUCACGAGUGGCGACGUAUCGGCCUCGAGACGCUUCGAAUCGCUUUCGAACGUUGGCUUCGACGUUCGGACGAGGUCUCAAAACUGUCCGGGCAGAGCUUGGCAGAUUUUGAAAGCACGUUCAAGAUCGGUGAACGUUCGGAACGAUUCGAAGCCGCGCACGAUUAAAGCUGCUUUAAACGAAAAAUCGACCGCCCGUCGUCGCCAUUUGUAAGUCACGCGAGCGAACCCGUUUCGACGUCGUUUUUUUUUUUACCAUUGAACGGUAAUCGUCUCUUAGCUAUCCCCACUCCUUCGUCUCCUACUCUCUUAGGGAUCCCGAUUUUGUUUCCUAAAUAAGUAAGUGCUUCCUUAUUGGCUCUAAGUUGAAAGAAAACACUAUAUUUUUUGUACAGUUCGAGGAACGUUGUUUCAGCAGUAACGUGUGUAAUGUUUUUAUACGAGAGUAGUAGUCGUUCCCCCCUCCUCCCUUCGACUUGGUUUGAAUGGUAUCGAUUCUAAUGCACGUUUCGUGGAGUAUGGAGCGACUGAUCGCGACGUUUCAUCGGUUUCCUCGAUCGUCGAUGCGUACGGCGGAAGGGUGAUUUCCAACGUAUCGAAUUCCAAAACAGACCUAACUGUGAUAAGACGAAUCUAACGCGAAAGAAUCAAUGAAAAUUUGUUCUUUUUUUUUUUUUUUUUUUCCUUGGUACAGCGAACUUAGUUGAGCUUUAGAACAUCGACGAACAACAUUCAGUCUUGGUAAAGCGUACACUCGGAAGGGACACCGUUACCGUUUACAUUCUUAGAAGCAAAUAAACGUUUCUGUUGCGUAAAAGUAUUCGGUGUACGAUUUCGGUUGUGGACUCACUGUAACAAUGAACUCCAAACGUCGACGAAACGAGAUUUUCGUUUCCGUCGAAACGGUCGAAACGUUUCGCGGAAUAUUCUCGACGCGAGAUCGAUCGAUACCGGGAACCCAGAUACGAGAGCGGCUCGAGCUUCUUCUCGAAGCGGAAACCCGUCUCAUUUUAUUAGAACGCGUUCGAUUGUCGCGGACGGUUCGUGAAUUAUAGAAAUAUCAUCGAAACAUUACGUAACCAAUGAAAUUUUUAAAAAGCCGAUAAUUGUAUAAAUAAAGAGAUUAAGCUCCGAUGGUCUUUAACUUUCAUAUAUUAUCAAGGACAGUCUCCUUAACGCGUUCACUGUCCGGUCUCCCAGCGGCGUAUCCAAUAGCAUGGUGAUGUGACCCAUAUACGGGUCAUAGACAGUGAACGUGUUGAAAGAAGAAAACAUUAAAAUUUUAUUAACAACUUUUCAAAGAAAAACAACCGACAGGUAAAGUUGCUCCAGCAUAACUCGAGAGACUGUCCACGACGAUGUGUGUGAAGGUCAAAGUCAUCGGAAUUUAAUUCCUUUAUAUAAUUAUCAGGAGCCCCCGGUAAUCUCUGAUCGAAACAGAAUUCUUUCCAGCAUUACGUAACGUAGAAAGCGCUCUUUCCUCGUACGCCGAGCAAUCGAUCGAUCUUGCGCAAAGAUUGUACGUCAGCGCAGCGAUUCGCGAGCAUCGGUGGUGUGGGUGUAACACCUGAAACGCUCGUAUCGUUAUUCGUGGCAUCGUUCUACGAUCAAUCAAUGCCGGUUAUUCCUUCCGAGAAAAAGCGUCAAUAUCUUCCACGAAGUUGUAAUCCGUUGACCCAAGAGAGAGAAAGAGAGAGAGAGAGAGAGAGAGAGAGUGUGUGUGAGUGAGUGCAAACGUUUUCGUCGUGUUUCUUUCCGUUAAUAAGUACGUAUAAAUGCAAUUUUAAAGGGAUCCCGAUAGAUGCCGGUAGGAUCGGUCAACGGAAUUAUCGAUAUUAUCGCGUGCGAGAUAAAAACGAGUUCUUAAUUUAUUUACGAGAGGGAACAAGAAACACACACGGGGUGUGCGCGUAAGUACAUGGACAGACCUUAUGCGCGUGCGCGCACGGUGCAUGAGAAACCACCAACCGAAACAUCCUCCCCGACGAUGAAUAGAAAAGUAAUCGAACGUUAAAACGCCGUGGCGAUAGGAUCGAUCGACCAAACGUGGUCCACGUCAAUAUGCAGUCGUGUUUACGGAGGACAUUGAAGGGCAUUGUUAACGCGGUCAAAGCGUUGCGAUCUCUACCAAAUCGUUCCGCAUCGAGGAUCGAUAUUUACUUAACCCGAGAAGCGCACAGUAUUGAAAGGCUGCGACAACGCGUGUGUUGUUCUCCGAACGGGGAUUGAGAAUGUUUGAAAAAUAAUUGUUUCACGCUGUUGUAAUAUCGAUUUCUGCCGAAACGAUUACGAACAACCGAAAUAACGUUGUAACUGCUGUUGGGAAACUAUCGGAUUAUAUACGGUUCUAUACUCGGGCCGACGAGACGAGCCAGCAGACGUAAACAAACCGUCGUCCCUGAAUGUACUCGUAAGUCACACGGAUAUGGCACGAACGCAUUGUUUUUUCUUCGCUGACUCGUCCCCGUCGACUCGAGCACAGUGUGUUCAAGAAGGAUGGCGAGUAGAAGCGUGAAAUUGUCCGAAGAUAUUUUGAAUCGUGUGCUGGCGGAACGGAACUCUAUUAUGCAAUUGGAUACUGCAGUUCAAUAACCGUGGUACGAACCGUAGCCUAUAUAAUACGAAAAUAGAACCGUUGUUCCAACAACAAUUGUAACACCGUCUCGAUUCUUCGUGACUGUUUCGAGAACGAGAAUCGAUACUGUAACAGUUUUCAAUCCCUGUUUUCCAAGUCGGUACGCAGCGACGUCGUUUAUAUUCGGUUAGCUCGCGCGGUUAUACGCGAGAAUUACUCGGGCCAGCUGUGUCCGAGGAACAAAAGGGAACCAAACGAAACGGUUCCCGUCACGUUGUAUCUCUAGGAUUUAAUCCGGCCAGUGUGCAUCGAUAGUGUUACACAUAGACGAAUUUUCUAUUCGAGACGAUCGUUGGUCGUCGAUCGCGGAUGGGCGAAUUUACAACGCGUAACUGCCAGUGUUCGAUGGAAUUUUAUUUUAUAGCUUUUUUGUUUUUCUCUCUCUCUUUAACUUAGUGUUAUGUGAGUCGUUACGUUCACGUUUAUUCGUCGAGUUGCUCGAAACUUCUGUAAUCCGAACGAAUGUAUUCGAUAUAACCUAACCCGGAUUUAUAAAACUUCAACGUAAGAUAUAAUAUUUAGAAACUUUAACUCGGAGAUACCUCUUGCAUGAUGUUCUACGGGCGAACGAUAUUAGUAAAAUUUACGUUUGAAAUCACUGAUAUUAUUGGGCUUGUAGAGUAUCGUGGAAGAUCGUCCUUGUAAUCCAUUUUUUCCAACGGAAGCGUCAGGCUGGCGUCCUGUUGGUCGUACGAGCACCAGCUUCAGGGACUUUAUACCGGUAUUAUUAUAGCGAAGUUGUAUCUAAACCGAUAUAAUAUCUUUAAAAGUACAGUUACAUAUUUUACGUACAAAUUAUGUACGUAUAGACGAAGGCAUAUAUAAUUCCCAACGUUUCUUUAUUAAUUGUCGUGAAAACUGCGAUUCCCUAACCUAAAAUUUUACAUUUAGCAUCCGUUCCCUCCGAAUUUAAAUCUUGCAAUUAGUAUUAUAUCGGUUUCGGUACGAGAGACUCCCAGUAAGUAUAAUAAUGAAAAUAAUACCGGGUUUUGACGUCAACUUGAAGGGAAUCUUGUAAAUUACAACGUAACCUAAAAACCAGCAAAUAUAUCGAUAUUUCUGAAUUUUCGUUUCUAUAAAAAUUAGGAAGGCAGAGCCGAGUGAUACCGGUAUUUUCCAUUUCGGUAUGAGUCCCUGGCAAUGUUGUGUAUUUUACGCGGGACGAACGUGAACGUAACCAAAGAAGAACAGGGUGAAACAGGAUCGUGACCUGUGUCGGUUCGAAAUUCGAUCCCAUGGAAUUACGUAGCGCGAUCCGUGAUUCGUUCAAGCUCGUAACGGAAAUUCGACAACCUGUAAUUUUUUUUUACGUUCGCUGUUUACUUCCUGGUCGUGCCUCGAAUCCGGGAACGGGCAGCGUGUACAUGCACACGUGUAUACUAUUUCGGCGUAUUAUGUAAAUGUGUAAGUUGUACAAACUGUCGAGUGCAAUUCUGAUUAGAUAACCUAUACUACGUUGGAAUGCGGCGUUCCCGGUUACUCGCGGGACAUUGAGAGAUAUCGAUCUUCAUUUCAAUAACAAAGUGUUUUUGAUUUCGGGCGGACGAUUAGAAUUUCAUUAUUUUUCAGUUCCAACUUUGUCGUUAUAUCCGUUCGUUUAAUUUACGUUUGGACGUACCCGAAUUCGAAGGCAUUUUUUUUGUUGUUCGGUGCACGUUCGAAUCUCGAUAGUUUCGGAAACGGUCCGCGCCUACUUUUUAAUGUAUAUUUAACCUUCUGCCAAGCGCAAGGAUCCGGGCGACGUAGCCCGCAAGAUAAUUCGCGCGUUCUUUUCAGUUUUCUGUUUCGUUCGUUUGUUCCGAUCGUAUUUAUUCGGGCGAUUGUAUUACGCGACGAACGAAACGGUGAAAUAUUUUGUACGUGGUACGCUCUCGAGAGACAACUGUUUCGAUGGAAAUUUUAACACGAUAGAUAAAGGGAACGUUGCGUUUAAGGAUAGACCAAAAACUUUCGAAGGAAAGCGGUAAUAGUAUUUACACGAUUUUAAUCGAUCGUCGAGAUAACGAGAAAAGAAAAAAAAAGAUAUUUGUAUAUUGUUUGGAACGAGAGUUGCUCGUGGUUACAAAAAAAAAAGGAAAAAAAAAGGAAAAGAAAAUUAAUACGGUACCUCGGUACCGAUAUUGCGCGUUACGAUUUCGUAAGAUAAUUAGGUACUAUGAAUAAGUAAGGGUGUUAGGUUGGCAGAAAAGAUAUAGUGGUCGAGAAACAAAAAGGGACGAAUCGAAUUAUUCGAAAGGGUAAUUCCACUGCGAUCGAACGUGUGUAAAUUAAGAUCGAUCGAUAGGCAAAAAAUUAGGUACCGAAGGAAAUCGAUGAGCCGCCAUCGCCCUCGCCCCCACCCCUUCAACGAGUGUUUGCAUUGAAAAGUAAACGUAAUUUCGUUCUGUAAUUAUUUACUUGUACGAUCAUUGUAACACUGACACGGGCUGUACAUCUUUGCGGCUGACCUCACGUAUUCUUUAAAUUCACGCAUAAUUAUCGACAUAAUUAUAGAUACCUAUACGAGUAUAGCAUUCAAGUAGCAAGUAAUAACGAUAAAGUAAUUAAAUAAAUGUCAUCUAUCCUACUAAGCGCCGAUACUAUUUUCUGUGUUACACCUUCCGCUCUCAUUAGCGAAAAUUCCUCGGCCGUUUUUCUUACGAAGAAGUUUCACGCCACGGUGCACGCUCUCGAGGACCUAGAAGAUACGUACGUAAUUCAUUGUUGGGUCGUAUCGCAUUCAUGGGUAAGUCGCAUGCCUUUUACUCUUAUUUUAACCAAACGAAUAAAAAACACUUCGCCCAGUUCGUUUAAAUGUCAAGUUUGUUUUAACUGGGGCAGACGUAAUUCGAUCACCUCCGGUUUUAUAACCUUCAAUGUCGAGUGUCGAAGGGAAUAAAAAAAUUAAGGGUAGAAAAUUUGAAAAAACUAUCGCGUAAACAAUUUUAAAUGGAACUGUACUAUCAUUUCGAGAUUUGUAUUCGUAUU